CAGUGCAAAAAUGUAGUAUCUACAAAAUGUUGAUAAAUAAGGUCUUAAUUUUCACAAUGUAAUGGACCCUAUAUGUUCCAGAGCAAAAAUGUUGUAUGUUCAUAUAACAGGUCUGGUUGCUUAAUUUGAAGUCAGCUAAACUGUUGUAAAUGCAUAUAUUGUAGUUGACUCGGAGCGAAAGUGUUGUAAGUGUUAUAUCAGUGUAUGCUGCUUCAGAUUUUGGAGGAAACUACCAAAAGAAGAAUACAAAAAGUCAUGGCUUCCGCGACUUGUAAAAACAAAUUGGUUACUCUUGAAACUGUUUUAGCAACACUUUCAGAUUCCGAAGAAGAGAUAGCUGAUGAUAGUGAUAAUGAUCCUGACUAUAUCCCUAAUGCUGAUAAUUCUGUGGAAAGUUCUGAUGAGCAUUCUACUUGUGUCUUUGAAGUGCAUUCUAAUACAGUCAUUAAUAGUGAUAAGAAUAAGAAGGCUAGAGGCAGGAAAAGAAAACGUGAUGAAUCAGCUUGGAAGAGAAAAUAUUGCACAGAGAGAAACCGAAUAAUUGGUCCUUCAUGUAAUUUAUCUUGUAAGAAAAAAUGUGGCCAAACAUUUACAACUGCUGAGAGAAAUGCCAUAUUUACAGCAUUCUGGAGUAUGGGAGUACAACAGCGGAGACGGGACUUCAUCGUGUCACAUGUCACCAGAUCAGCUGUCAACAGAAAGACCAAGGGGGCUAACAGUGGGAGCAGACGAAAGCGUACACUUGUGUACACUUUACCCAAAGAUGGAAACAAUGUCAGUGUUUGCAAACAAUUUUUUAUGCAUACUUUGGAUAUUUCUGAUCAAAUGGUUAAUUAUAACAUUUCACACUCACAGUGUGGCUUAGCUAAACAUACGCUACGGAAGGGGCCACCCGCCAAUAAAACGCCGAAAAAUUUAACGGAAGAUGUUAUCAGACACAUAAAUACUUUUCCCAGAAUAGAGAGUCAUUAUUGUAGAGCAGACACCUCGAAAGAAUAUCUUGAAGCGGGUCUCAACGUGAAGGAAAUGCACAGAUUGUAUAAAACAGUCUGCAUAGAGCAGAAUAAUAAGUCGGUUUCUCUUUACAUGUACAGGCACAUCUUUGACACUCAUUUCAAUAUGGGAUUUCAUACACCAAAGAAAGAUUUAUGUGACACUUGUGAAAAAUACAGAGUAAAAGAAAAAUAUGAUUCCAAUAGCUUAACUGAAGAUGAGAAAGCUUCCCAUGCUUUACACCUUAAGAGAAAACUCCAAGCUCGAGAAUCAAAAAUGCUGGACAAGGAAGCAGGUGAGGGAACUAUCACUGCUGCAUUUGAUUUACAACAAGUCAUGAUAUCGCCCAAGUUGAAUGUGGGUUCUGCUUACUACCUUCGAAAAUUAAAUGUAUACAAUUUGACUAUCAUGGAACUGCAGACACUGCAAGGUUUUUGCUACACUUGGCAUGAGGCAGAAUGUAAACGUGGGUCUAAUGAGAUUGCUACAUCACUUCUAAAGUGGUUGAAGCUAAAAGACGAACAGGGAUACCAACAGGUUAUUUUAUAUAGUGAUUCUUGUGGUGGUCAAAACCGAAACUGAAUCAUGUGUACAGCUUUGUUAUACUUCCCUGCAGUGUCGAAGAACAUUGUAAAAAUACAACAGAAUUUUUUUGAAAGUGGACAUAGAGUGAAUGUGAUAGUAUGCAUUCCUGUAUUGAAUGUUUGUUCAGGCUAUCAGCAACACAUGAAGAAUGCCAACAAGAAGAAACCAUUCAUAGUUACAGAGAUGACGCAUGAGGAUAUUCUUGACUUUGAUACUUUAAACAAGGUUGCCUUUAAACAGAAUGCUUUCCAGGGCAUAUUGUCCAUCCAUCACACUGUGUAUGAAAAGGGGGGUGAUGGAAAAUUACAUGUUGCUUUUUCUGAGGAAAUUGGUGGAGAUUUGAUCAACAAAGAAUUUAGAAAGCGUGGCAAGGCAGUGAACAUGAAGACUUACUGCAUCCAAAAAGUCUACAACAGCACAUUGCCACUGGACAAAGCUAAGCAUGCUGAUCUCCUAAAGCUCUGUGAAUUUAUCCCAAGUGAUUGUCGCCAAUUCUAUCAGCAGCUACCAGUUACUCUGUAAGACUUGUGUAUGUUUCAAACUAUUAACAUGUUUGAUAGACAAUGUUUCCAAACAUUUACAACACUUUUUGUGUGGAUGCUGAUACUGUAUAUCACUAAGCUG